AAAUAAAACUUCGAUUCAUUACAUUAAUUGAACACAAGCAAUCCAAAACGUAAGGUGCCCCACAACACAACUACCACCUUUGCUCAAAAUAUCUCCUUCUUUAUUAUAUUCAUUUUCCCUUCAUCUUCUUCCUUUAUGUCAUUGCCGUUUGCUAUUGUUGCUACAUAAAACAACACCCUUUUAUUGUCAUGCUUUGUAACCGUUUGCAACGGUUGGUUUGAAUGAAGGGAGUGGUAACGGCUACGGCGCAUUCAUUGAUGUUGAUCAAGUGAGGGACUUUGUGUUGUGUUGUGUUGUGUUGUAUUGUGAGAGAAGUGAGAGGCCCAGAUGGAUUUUACUUCGUUUUUGACGUCCCUGGGGACUUCGUUUCUGAUAUUUCUGGUUUUGAUGAUCGUGUUUGCGUUUCUAUCGAGUAAGCCUGGGAACAAUGUGGUGUACUUCCCCAACAGGAUCCUCAAGGGGUUGGAGCCAUCGGAAGGAGGGCCCAAGAGCCGCAACCCUUUCUCCUGGAUCAAGGAGGCCAUGUCUUCUUCAGAACGUGAUAUUGUUACCAUGUCUGGGGUUGACACUGCCGUCUACUUCGUCUUUCUCACCACUGUGUUGAGCAUCCUGGUUUUAUCUGGAGUUAUUCUGCUACCGGUUCUUCUGCCGCUUUCUGCUACUGACAAUGCUGUGAAGACACAAGGUGCAAAGUCACAAACAACUAGCAAAGGAACAUUCAAUGAACUUGACAAGUUAUCAAUGGCUAACAUCACGGCAAAGAGUUCAAGGCUGUGGGGAUUUUUAAUUGCCUGUUACUGGGUUUCAAUUGUUACAUUUGUUCUCCUGUGGAGAGCUUACAAACAUGUUUCAUGGCUGCGAGCCGAAGCUCUUAAGUCCCCUGAUGUGAGGCCUCAACAGUUUGCUAUAGUUGUGAGAGACAUACCUAAUGCUACUCAAGGUCAGACUAAGAAGGAACAGGUUGAUGCUUAUUUUAAAGCCAUCUAUCCAGAGGCAUUUUACAGAUCUAUGAUCGUAACAGACAACAAAGUGGUGAACAAGACUUGGGAGAGCUUAGAAGGGUUUAAGAAGAAGCUUGCCCGUGCCGAAGCAGUAUAUGAAAGGUCUAAAACAACUGCCAAACCAGAAGGAACAAGACCUACUAACAAGACAGGCUUCCUUGGACUUGUUGGUAAAAAGGUCGAUAGCAUAGAUUAUUACAAUGAUAAGAUUAAUGAACUUGUUACCAAAUUGGAAUCUGAUCAAAAGGUUACCCUUAGAGAGAAGCAGCAAGAUGCUGCUCUGGUGUUUUUCUCAAAUAGGGUGGUUGCAGCGUCUGCAGCUCAGAGUUUGCAUGCACAAAUGGUUGACACUUGGUCAGUCUUUGAUGCUCCUGAACCCAAUCAACUAAUAUGGCCUAAUUUGAAAAUCAAGUAUUUUCAGAGAGAGCUGAGGCAGUACUUGGUGUAUGUCAUUGUGGCACUGACUAUAUUCUUCUACAUGAUUCCGAUUACAUUUAUAUCUGCAUUUACUACUUUGGAUAAUUUGGUGAAGUAUCUUCCAUUUUUAAAGCCAGUUGUUCGUAUAAAGGCUUUGAGAACAGUGUUGGAAGCUUACCUCCCUCAACUUGCGCUGAUUAUUUUCUUGGCAUUGUUGCCCAAGUUGCUUCUGUUCUUGUCUAAAUUUGAAGGCAUUCCAACCGAAAGUCAUGCAGUUAGAGCUGCAUCUGGAAAAUACUAUUAUUUCAUCGUGCUGAACGUUUUCAUUGGAGUUACUAUAGGUGGAACCUUGUUCAAAGCAUUCCACAGAAUUCAGGAGAACCCCAACAUAAAUGAAAUUGCGUCCUUGCUAGCUGAAAGCCUCCCCGGCAAUGCUACUUUUUUCUUGACCUAUGUUGCCCUUAAAUUUUUCGUUGGCUAUGGCCUUGAACUGUCCCGAAUAGUUCCUCUCAUUAUAUACCAUUUGAAGAGAAAGUAUCUUUGCAAGACCGAAGCUGAAUUGAAAGAGGCUUGGCAACCUGGAGAUCUUGGUUAUGCAACAAGAGUUCCCGGUGACAUGCUGAUUGUCACAAUUGUGUUCUGUUACUCUGUUAUUGCUCCUGUGAUAAUCCCAUUUGGUGUUCUAUAUUUUGGCCUAGGAUGGCUUGUUCUGCGAAAUCAGGCACUCAAAGUCUACGUACCAUCAUAUGAAAGCUAUGGAAGAAUGUGGCCUCACAUACACAAACGUGUACUAGCUUCUCUGAUAUUGUAUCAAAUUACCAUGUUUGGAUACUUUGGGGCGCAGAAAUUCUACUAUACACCACUUGUGCUUCCUCUUCCCUUUUUGUCACUGAUCUUUGGUUUUAUCUGCGGAAAGAAAUUCUACCCUGCCUUCGAACAUCCUGCACUUGAGGUUGCAGCUAAUCCACUUAAGGAACCUCCCAACAUGGAGUUGAUUUUCAGAUCUUUCAUUCCACCUAGCUUGAGUUCUGAGAAGAUAGAAGAUGAGCGGUUUGAAGAUGCUUUGUCUUCAGUUUCGAGAACAACGCCUGUUUGAUGUAAUUAUCUGAAUUUCAACUGCUUUUUACGUGUUAGUUGUAGUCUUGUAGGGAUACCUUCAGAUAUUCAUUGUUCAUAAUACGUCUUAGGAACCACGAUGUUGAGUGUUAACUGUUGUGAAUGUGAUUGUGUAAGAAAUUGUUGGAUGGACUCGUAAUGUUUCCGUGUAAUGUUAUGAUGUGUUUGUUCAACUUGUAUUACUUGCGGAUAAGUGUUAUGGUGUUCGGUAUGCAAUUCAUGAUUUUCGUUACCGAGUGUGAA